AUGGGUUAUGAAGUUGACUUACCUAAUCUUGAAACAUAUGCUAAAACACUACUUGAAGCACCAAGGGAACCAUCUGAAGAAACAUUUGGUAAUGCUGAAACCAUCGAGAGUGAUGUUUCUAUGCAGAAGCAGAGAAAAGGAAGAGACAAGUUUAUCAAAGAUGCAUCUAAGAUGGCCAAUGUAAUUAAGGAAAAACUCAUUAAUAGUAGUGGUAAUCCAGUCUUUCCAUACCCAUUUAUAACCUUAGACGCAGAGAAAGUAGCUGCAAGAAAAUACGAUUAUAUUAUCGUUGGAGGAGGUACAGCUGGGUGUCCUCUCGCUGCAACUCUGUCACAGAAGCAUACAGUUUUGGUACUGGAGAGAGGAGGGUCUCCUUACGGAAACUCUGAGAUUGAGAAUGGCGAUAAUUUUGGGAAUCCGUUGAAUGAACCAGAUAAGUACAGUUCAAUAGCUCAGGAAGUUUUAACCGAGGAUGGACUGAAGUUGGCCAGAGCCAGAGUUUUGGGAGGCGGAACUGCCAUUAAUGCUGGGUUUUAUAGCAGAGCAAGCUUGGGAUUUAUUCAACGCAUGGGAUGGGAUGAGAAACUGGUGAAUGAAUCGUUUCUGUGGGUGGAAAAAGUGAAUGCCUUCAAACCAGAUCACCUUUCUCGCUGGUCUACGGCUCUGAAAGAUGCACUUCUGGAAGUGGGAGUGCUUCCUUACAAUGGGUAUACUAUGGAUCAUGUGGAGGGCACCAAGAUCAGUGCUUCCACUUUUGAUAACCAUGGCAAGAGACAUACGGCUGCAGAUCUACUCAAGUAUGCAAAUCCUCAUAAUAUUGUUGUUCUGCUCAAUGCUACUGCCUCCAGAAUUCUCUUCAGCUCAUCAUCAGGUGCGUAG